GUACGCAGACACCCAAAUCACAAAAAAAGAAAAACGAAAAUUAAUAGGAAAAACAGAGAAAGAAAAUCGGGCUGAAAAGCGCAACACAGUGAACACACCACAUCAGACAUCGUACAGUCAUAGAGAAAAAGGGAAACAAAAACACAUACAUAUUCACUCACUAACACCGCUCAAACCAGUCUCUAUCUAGUGGGUUCCAAACAACACCACACCUCUCUCAUCUUCCAGAACAUUCUAGACCGUUCUAGCUGGAAACUGCUUCUUCACUUCAAACACCCAGACUCUCACACCUUUUCCAUGGACUUGUACGGUCGGACCCCCGCCAGGAAUGGAUCCAACCCGGUUAACCAACCCGAAUGGCGCUCACCGGGCACCGACACUGCUCUCGAAGAAUCCAUGUGGCAUUUAACGUUGGGUGGUGGGGAAUCUUACCCGGAGCGGCUCGGUGUGCCCAAUUGUGUGUAUUACAUGCGAACUGGUGUGUGUGGAUAUGGAGGCAGGUGUCGUUACAAUCAUCCUCGUGACCGUGCUGCGGUUGCUGCGGCAGUAAGAGCUACAGGGGAGUACCCAGAAAGGGUGGGGGAACCUCCGUGUCAGUAUUAUUUAAAAACGGGAACCUGUAAAUUUGGUGCAUCCUGUAAAUUCCACCAUCCUAAAAAUGGAGGUGGAUAUUUAAGCCAAGCUCCACUAAAUGUCUACGGAUACCCAUUAAGGCCUGGUGAGAAAGAAUGCUCCUACUAUUUGAAAACGGGGCAGUGCAAAUUUGGUAUAUCUUGUAAAUUCCAUCAUCCUCAACCUGCUGGUACGUCAUUGCCAGCAUCUGCACCUCAAUUUUAUCAACAGGUGCAGUCUCCUACAGUUCCUCUGCCUGAACAGUAUGGAGGAGCUUCUUCAAGCUUGAGAGUGGCUAGGCCUCCUAUGUUGCCUGGUUCAUAUGUUCAAGGGGCCUAUGGUCCUGUACUUCUUUCUCCAGGGGUUGUCCCAUUUCCCGGAUGGAGUCCUUAUUCGGCACCUGUAAGUCCUGUGCCAUCUCCUGGUGCUCAACCUGCCGUUGGGGGUACAUCUUUAUAUGGAAUGACCCAGUUAUCAUCACCAACAUCAGCUUUUGCAAGACCAUAUACUCCCCUUCCCUCUACUUCUGGCCCUUUAGGAAGCAGCCUGAAGGAACAAUUAUUUCCUGAAAGACCUGGUGAACCUGAAUGCCAAUACUAUCUGAGAACAGGGGACUGUAAAUUUGGAUUAGCUUGUCGAUAUCAUCAUCCUCGAGAUCAUAUUGUGGCACGGCCACUUCUUAACCCUGUUGGACUUCCUUUACGUCCGGGCCCUCCACUCAAAAAGUAUUUGGACUUUGAAAUCCUCAUUUCAGGUUAGGUCAAGAAUCAACCUUCCUAAAAGAUUAAGCCGUUCAACAGAAGUCUGUGUUACAUACUCAUUCUAUUUUUCUUUUAAGUUGAUUAUGAUAUUAAUGUGGCUUUCUGUAUGGACACAUCUAAAAUUUAACAGUUCAAGGUUUUGACAACAAAAGCUACUAUCUUGGACUGUUAAAUUUGGUUAUCAUUUUUGAAGGAUUCUCCAGCUUAGGAAAACCCUGCUGUUGGUGAAAUCUAAUUUGGAUGUGAUGGUUAACGCAUUUCAGUUUCCAACUACAACUUCCAAUAUAGUGAUGAUGUGGUUGAUUUCUAUCUUGAAUUGAGAUUUGCAUGUUUGCUGUUGCAUCAUCUUUGGGGGGAUGUCAUAUGGAAACAUAGGAUCUGUAUUGGGGACUACAGUGGACAGGAUAUGAUUUCAUCAUUACAUUGUAUGUUCAUUUUGGUUGUGGGCUUGUAGUUAGCUACUUUUUACCUUGUUGGGGAAAAAUGUUACUUAUACACCAAUUUGAUACAUGACAGGUCAAGUUACUCCUUUUAAAUAUGCAUAGGUGCAUAUAUUUCAGAUGCAAUAAUCUACGCAGUUGUGUGCACUUGUGAUUGUGAUUACUAUGCAUCUGCAAAGAAAAUUAUCGUUGAUGAAUUUGGCUGCAUUAUGCAGUAGUGGUUAUAACUUAUGAAUUCAUAUAUUUGUUUUUCCUCUUAUUUAUAACUGUGUCAGUGGUGUAUAGAGUUUAGUGACCGGAUAAGUAUUUAUAUUAUUUGAUUGAAGCAUGAGUUUUAUUGAAAUAAUUGAUUGUUCUCAAGCACAACCUCAUGUGUUGUGACAUUGCUAUUGUUUGUUUUUUUAUUUUGAGAUUUUUUUUCUUAAUUGAU